UUCGCUUCGGCCACCACAUCCACAGCCGCAGCCAUGAGAUCCAUCGUGCUGCUCCUGGCCACCGUCGCCGCCGUGCAUGCUGGAGCACUGGAUAAAGCAGAUCAUGAGGGUGUCAGCAUUUCAAAGCGACACGCCCUCUACGGCUUGGGGCUGACUGAUUCUGCCGCGCAGGCGCAGGCCCAGGCACAGGCCGCUGGGCUCGGGGGUGGAUACUAUGGUGGGGGUGGAGCUGCACUGAGCCAGGCACAGGCACAGGCGCAGGCUGCUGGGCUGGGCGGCGGCUACCACGGCAUCUGGAAGCGACACGCCCUCUACGGCUUGGGGUUGGGUGAGUCUGCUGCCCAGGCACAGGCCCAGGCACAGGCCGCUGGGCUCGGGGGUGGAUACUACGGUGGGGGUGGAGCUGCACUGAGCCAGGCACAGGCACAGGCGCAGGCUGCUGGGUUGGGUGGUGGCUACCAUGGCAUCUGGAAGAGACACGCCCUCUAUGGCUUGGGGUUGGGUGAGUCUGCUGCCCAGGCACAGGCCCAGGCACAGGCCGCUGGGCUCGGGGGUGGAUACUACGGUGGGGGUGGAGCUGCACUGAGCCAGGCACAGGCACAGGCGCAGGCUGCUGGGCUGGGCGGUGGCUACCACGGCAUCUGGAAGAGACACGCCCUCUACGGCUUGGGGUUGGGUGAGUCUGCUGCCCAGGCACAGGCCCAGGCUCAGGCCGUUGGGCUUGAGGGUGGAUACUACGGUGGGGGUGGAGCUGCACUGAGCCAGGCACAGGCACAGGCGCAGGCUGCUGGGUUGGGUGGUGGCUACCAUGGCAUCUGGAAGAGACACGCCCUCUAUGGCUUGGGGUUGGGUGAGUCUGCUGCCCAGGCACAGGCCCAGGCUCAGGCUGCCGGGCUCGGGGGUGGAUACUACGGUGGGGGCGGAGCUGCACUCAGCCAGGCACAAGCACAAGCGCAGGCCGCUGGGCUGGGUGGUGGCUACCACGGCAUCUGGAAGCGACAUGCCCCCUAAGGUUUUGGGCUAGCCGACUCCAUCACCUAGGCACAGAUCCAGUCACUGGAUGCCAUGCUGGGUGGUGGAUACUGCAGUGUGGGUGGCGCCACCUCCAGUCUGGCUCAGGCACAGAUACAAGCUGCCAUCGUGAGACUCGACUGGUGGUGGCUGGCGUCCUGUUCCUUCACUGGCUCCUAACUGUGGGAGGCAAAAUUACAUGAAAUAAAAGAGAGUGCACUGCUA